AGGGAAUAAUAGCAAGUGUGUGUAUAUGUGUGUUUUGGAGCUGAAAUUCUCUUGAAUAUAUGUAGCAUCUAUUGCAUUUGAGAAAAUUGUAUAGAUGUGAAGGGAAUCCCUGUAGCUAGUUUGGGUAAAAUUGGGAACACCGGGCUAGUGCUCUUGGCUCUUCUCUUUUGUGAGUCUGUCUCAGUGUUGCUGCUGGAAGAGUGAAGGACAUCUCCUUAAGCCUUUGCUCUGCUAACUUGAGUAACAGCCAGUAGGAGUUUCUAGCCUCUUGGAAAUACUUGGGUUCUGUGCUCUCAACUGAUAUCUGCAAAAACAGGAUCUAAGCUGCAGAUGACAGUAGGAGGGUGUCAGCUGUGCUCCUCAGUCAAUAAGUAUCACAAACCAGCCUUUUUGGAAUGCCUGAAUAUUCCAUAUGAAAUAGAUAUUCCCAGACAUCACAAGUGUGCAUUACUGGCUGUACCCUGGCUUACUGUGCCCUGAAUGUUCUGAACCAACCCGAAACAUCUCAGUGGUUCCAAAUCAAACUACAUUUGCAUCAUAGAAUUCUGUGAAAGCAUUUCCAAUUGCAUCCAUGUUUCAGUCUGCCCUUGAAACUCUGUUUGUAAUCAGUGUGACAUCUAAUAUGUGUAAGCAAGGGUUGUGUUCGGCAGAAAAUUCUGUGCAUAUGAUUUCUCCCUUGGACUGUAGCUUUCUCAUUCUAGAGAGCUGCAUUUGUUUGGUUUGUGUAAAACUAAAGCCAUGAUCCACUGGAUGCUUCACGAGGACUUUUUCCUUUCAGGCAUUUGGACAGCACAAGUAUUUUCUGCUUAUCCUUGUAACAGAGCUGCCUUAUCAAGGAAAAGCUCAGUUUCCCUCUGGCAGUAUGGAAUGCUAGUUUGGAGCUCAGCUGACACGCCUGAGGGGGUGAAGGCUUCUUGAUUCAAUUUUAGUGCCUUGUCUUGAGCCAGAAGCUGUUUUCUGUAAAGCCUGGGCAAUAGCUGGUGAUGUGAGGCUGUGGGUACUAUGUGUGAUUAUUUUGUGUGUGCUCGUUCCAUAUUCACUCUGUAGGAAUCUGUGACAUUCCAGAUUGAGAUGUCUCAAUGGAUACUUGGAGCUACUUCCAUACUUGCCUGGUGUCCAUAUGGCUGCACAGAUUUUACAUCUAUUCUGCUGUUGCUUUUGGGAUCAGCCUUUGGAUUGUCAUUCAGUUCACCACCACCAGAACCAAAAGAAAGGGUGAGAAAUCCCAUGGGAAUCCCUCUUCCCCCGAGGGAGCAGCAGACAAAUUGGGAAAUGGAUGUGUCCCCCCUCAGGCACUGGAGGUCCAUGUUGCUGGAGUGAAGAUUUUCUAUGGCUCUCAGACUGGCACAGCAAAGAGAUUUGCCAAAGCUCUGGCUGAAGCUGUUACUUCUUUUAAUUUGCCUGUGGAAGUCAUUAACAUGGGAGAUUAUGAUCCAGAAGAUGGUUUAGUGGAGGAGACGAGCAGCAGGAGCAUCUGUGUGUUCCUGGUGGCCACCUACACCGAUGGGCAACCCCCGGAGAGUGCAGCCUGGUUCUGCAAGUGGCUGGAAGAGGCAGCCAAUGAUUUCCGUGUUGGGAAAAGCUUCCUGCAGGGCCUGAGAUAUGCUGUGUUCGGGCUGGGGAACUCUGCCUAUGUGGAUCAUUACAACACAGUUGGAAGGAGGAUGGACAAGUGGCUGUGGAUGCUCAGUGCCAGCAGGAUCAUGACUCGGGCUGAAGGGGACUGUAAUGUGGCCCAGAGCAAGCAUGGCAGCAUCGAGGCUGACUUUGAGGCCUGGAAAGGCAAAUUCCUCACUCGGCUCCAGGCACUCUGCAAAGGGGAAAAGAAGCCCUGCAGUGGGAAGUGCAAGAAAGGGAAGUGCAAAUCUUCGGGGAAGCAGAGCAAGGAAAGCUCAGACCAUGAACAUAGGACAUCAGAACAUGAGAAUACUGAGGCAGAGGAAUUGUUUGAAACCAGUAGUGAGGAGGAAGCUGGAGGCACAGAUUCUGUCGUUGAUGUUGAAGAUCUUGGCAAUAUCAUGGGCCACAUGAAGAAAGCAAAGAGAGAGCAGGAGCUGCAGGAAGGAGCUGCUGGAGCUGGCAGGAAGGAGGAGGCUGAGAGGAGAGAGAUGAUCACCCCAGCCCUGAGAGAGGCACUCACAAAACAAGGUUAUAAACUCAUUGGGAGCCAUUCUGGGGUGAAGCUCUGCCGAUGGACAAAGUCGAUGCUGCGGGGCCGUGGGGGCUGCUACAAGCACACUUUCUAUGGCAUCGAGAGCCACCGCUGCAUGGAGGCCACCCCCAGCCUGGCCUGUGCCAACAAGUGUGUCUUUUGCUGGAGACACCACACGAACCCCGUGGGCACCGAGUGGCGCUGGAAGAUGGACCAGCCCGAGGUGAUCCUGCAGGAGGCCAUUGAGAAGCACCAGAACAUGAUCAGGCAGUUCAAAGGUGUGUCAGGAGUGAAGGCAGCUCGCCUGGAGGAGGCCCUGGCAGUGAAGCACUGUGCCCUGUCCCUGGUGGGGGAGCCCAUCAUGUACCCACACAUCAACCACUUCAUCAGGCUCCUGCACCAGCACGGCAUCUCCACCUUCCUGGUCACCAAUGCUCAGUUCCCCGAGGAGAUCAGGAGGCUGAACCUGUGUGUGCUUUUAUGGGAACUCUCCAGAAGGAAAGAACAACCCUAAAAUUCUAUUUGUGGCAACAAGGGAAACUUGGGGCUGCACUUUGCUUUCAACCAAGGUUUUAUUUCAACCCAUAAAGCUGAGCUAACUGUGCUGAAUGGCACAGAUUGGGCCUGGGCAGGGCACGAUACUCGAGUUCUAAAUGCAUUAACUCUGGAUUCCUGUCCUCACUGACCCAUCACCAACAGCUCUCACACAAGGAGUUAGCUGAGAAACAUUUAUUGGGUUCAGUGAAUCCAUUCCUUUGGAUCUUGCAUUUGACAUUUCAGGAAAGACAAGUUGACAAAGCAUCUGUAGGAGUGAUGUGUUUGCUCAUCUGGGAUGGGAAGUGCAUAACUGAGACAGAAGCACUGCAAGCAAGGAAAGACAUUUUCUGGGAACGUGGUUAUGGUGGGAACACACUCCUGGGUUUGGGAAAUGCAAAAUCAGAAAGACAUUGCUUUGGAGGGGGAGAAAUCCUUUCCUGAAGGGUGGGUGUGAUGGGCUGUGUGCAGGAGAGCUUGGAUGGCAGGGCUGGAAUGCUGGACCCAGGCUUGCACUGACACAGGCUUACACUGGACACACGGACACAUGGACAUAUGAACACAUGGACACGUGGA